AUGCACUUUCAAGCUCUCCCCAUUCUCGCCGCCAUGCUGGCACUUCCUGCCCUUAUCAUGGGUGAGCCGGAUUGCCCUUACGGUGGUUAUUGGACAUGGAGUCACGAAGAGGCGAGAAGUGCAGCCGCCCAUGGAAUCGACAAAUGGUGUAACAACAUCGCCCCUUCCACGUUCAAAGGUGGACAAGAGGUGACGCAGUGCCUUGAUGUCGAUUACGAUCCGAAGAAUGUUAAUUUGUGGAUGAAAAAUGACAACUCGGGCGAUAAGGUUCUCUCGAUAGACCAGUGCAAAAAGUUGCUCAAGAAGAUUGUCGAUAGUUGUCCUGCGGGUGGUUCUGAUCGUACCUUGGAUGGCUGGGCACCACAUAUCGUCAGAGUGCCGAAUCCUGGUAUUUAG